GCUCGGGUAGUCGUACACACGUAAGAGAAGAUAAUUCUUUACGGAAUUACCUUGCGGCAGGGAUUGACUCCCGGAGCGCACUGCCUAAAGACCAAACAGGCACUCAGAUUCUAAAGACUUUUGGCGUUGGAGAAAUGGAGGCUGAAAAGGAACGCUUUCCUAGACUAAGGCAAGUUCUUCUCUUUGUUUUGCUGGCUCACACUUGGGCGGAGCAGGAAGAUUAUCGUAUUGCUGAAGAAACAGAGAGUGGUUCUUUUGUGGCCAAUCUAGCAAAGGACAUAGGGCUAGCGGUAAAAGAGCUCUCUUGGCGGAGGGCUCGGAUCAUUUUUACAAAUGACAAAAAAUAUUUUCAGCUGAACCUUCAGACUGGAGAUUUGAGAGUAAAUGAGAAACUGGAUCGGGAGGAACUGUGUGGCCCCACUGAGCCUUGUGUACUUCAAUUCCAGGUGUUACUGGAAGAACCUUUAGAGGUAUAUAGGUAUAAGCUUUUGGUCACUGACAUAAAUGACAAUUCCCCUGUGUUCCCAGAAGCAGAAAUGAUUUUGAAAAUCAUGGAAAAUACUCUUCCAGGGACUGUGUUUCCCCUGAAAAAUGCACAAGAUUUGGAUGUAGGUAUCAAUAAUAUUCAAAACUACACCAUUUAUCCCAACUCCCAUUUCCACGUUCUUACGCGCAAUAGCGGUGAAGGCAGGAAAUACCCGGAACUGGUUCUGGACAAAGCCCUAGAUCGAGAGGAGCAGCCUGAGCUUAGGUUAACUCUCCUGGCAGUAGAUGGUGGAGUUCCUCCCAAAACUGGGACAGCCUUGGUCCUCAUUGAUAUCUUGGACAUCAAUGACAAUGCCCCUGAGUUUGUGCAGCCACUCUAUCGUGUGCAGAUCCUGGAAAACAGUCCUCUGGGAUCUCUUAUUGCCACUGUUUCAGCUAGAGAUUUAGACACAGGAACAAACGGCCAAGUAUUCUAUUCAUUUUUUUACGGUGAUGAAGAGAUUAUUAGGACAUUUGCACUUAAUGACCUCACAGGAGAAAUUAAAAUAAUUAGGGAACUAGAUUUUGAAAAAAUUAUGUCAUAUGAGCUGGAUAUUAAGGCCUCUGAUGGGGCUGGUCUUUCUGGAAAAUGUACUGUCAUAAUAGAGGUGGUGGAUAUAAAUGACAACACCCCAGAACUGACGGUGGCUUCACUUAUAAGCGCCAUCCCCGAAAAUUCCCCUGAGACCACAAUAGCUCUUUUCAGUAUUCAAGACCGAGACUCUGGGGACAAUGGGGAGAUGGUUUGUUCCAUCCAGGACGAUGUUCCAUUCACUCUGAAACCUUCCGUUGAGAAUUUCUACAAGCUAGUAACAGAAGGAGAGCUAGACAGAGAGAGCCAGGCCGAGUACAACAUCACCAUCACCGUCACUGACCUGGGGACGCCCAGGCUGAAAACCCAGCACCACCUAACGGUGACGGUGUCCGACGUCAACGACAACGCCCCGGCCUUCAGCCAAAGCGCCUACACCCUGCGGGUGCGCGAGAACAACAGCCCCGCCCUGCACAUCGGCAGCGUGAGCGCCACGGACAGAGACUCGGGCGCCAACGCGCAGGUCACCUACUCGCUGCUGCCGCCGCACGACCCGCAGCUGCCCCUGGCCUCGCUGGUGUCCAUCAACGCGGCCAACGGGCAGCUGUUCGCGCUCAGGUCCCUGGACUUCGAGGCGCUGCGCGCGUUCGAGUUCCGCGUGGGCGCGGCCGACCGCGGCUCGCCGGCGCUCAGCAGCCAGGCGCUGGUGCGCGUGCUGGUGGUGGACGACAACGACAACUCGCCCUUCGUGCUGUACCCGCCGCAGAACGGCUCGGCGCCCUGCACCGAGCUGGUGCCCAGGGCGGCCGAGGCGGGCUACCUGGUGACCAAGGUGGUGGCGGUGGACGGCGACUCGGGCCAGAACGCCUGGCUGUCGUACCAGCUGCUCAGGGCCACGGAGCCCGGGCUGUUCGGCGUGUGGGCGCACAACGGCGAGGUGCGCACGGCCAGGCCGCUGAGCGAGCGCGACGCCGUCCAGCACAGGCUGCUGGUGCUGGUCAAGGACAACGGCGAGCCGCCGCUGUCGGCCAGCGUCACGCUGCACGUGCUGCUGGUGGACGGCUUCUCGCAGCCCUACCUGCCGCUCCCGGACGCGGCGGCGGCCGAGGCCCGGGCCGACCCGCUCACCGUCUACCUGGUGGUGGCCUUGGCGUCGGUGUCGUCGCUCUUCCUGUUGUCGGUGCUGGGCUUCGUGGCGGUGCGGCUGGGCAGGAGGAGCCGGGCGGCGUCGGGGGGCGGCUGCUCGGUGCCCGAGGGCCCCUUUGCGGGCCACCUGGUGGACGUCAGCGGCGCGGGGACGCUGUCGCACAGCUACCAGUACGAGGUGUGCAGGGGAGAAUCUGGGACCAGGGAAUUUAAGUUUUUGUCUGUUGUCUCUACCCAACAGAGGUCUGUGAAUGGUGUGGAGGAAAGCUCAAAUUUUGUAAAUAGUUUUGGAUUCAAUUAGGAACUUGGGUGAGGGAAUUUGGGUUCUUUCUAAAUAUGAUAGGUCUCCAUUACUGUUUUUGGUCCGUAUAGAAUUUCUUGGAUGAUUUGCUGAUUCCAUAUUCAUAUUAAGGGGAUUAGAAAUAUUCUUUGAGUAUAUACUCAUAUUUACUCUUUUUAUCAUUUCUAUUUUGAUGGAGACAAAGAAUUUUCAACUUCAUUGCAUUACUUAAAAGUCAUGAACAUGUGUUGAAUUUAUCAACUUUUCAUUAUCAAGCACUGCUGAUUUGAAGAUGACUCCAGCCCCAUCCUCUAUUUGAUUGUUAUACGGAAACUCUAAAUUUUUGAUGUUGUGGUUACUUAGAAAGCAUCAUGAUAUUAAUAUAAUGAAGUAUUAGUAUAGCUUCUGUUUAAUCUGAUAUUAAGCCUACCUGUUUUAAAUCUUUAAAUGGUGAAAUGUCUGCAAAAAAUGCAUGUUUUUGUUUCACAGUAGUAUUAAAUAGGAAGGCUACAAUUUCUCCCAUACUUAAGGGCUUUUCCUCUAUAUCAACCUUCAGCAUAUCAUAUAUAUGAGUAUUAUCAAAAGAUUAUUAGAUUAUUUCAAGAUAUUUAAAUGCUAGAUCCCUUGUGGUGUCUGUCUAGCCCACUCCAUCAUUUCCAGGAAACUUCUCUCUUCAGUAGAAGUAUAUGGUUGCAGCCAUGUUUAUUUUAUUUCACCCAUUUCCCUCUGUGUCUUCAGACAAUCAGACAAGGUGGUAUUGCUAAUCCAAGCUGAGUAAAUCUCUUUUGUUUAAAAAAUGGCUUUAGAAAUCAGACCUAAAAUAGUUUCUAUUAGGAACUUAACAAGAAAGUGAUAUCAUGUUGGCUAAAUACAUGGAAACAAAAACAGAAAGUCAAUGCACUUAGAGACAAGAAGAAAGGAGAUGCCUAAAAAGUAACAUUAUAGAUUUUCCAGUACCUUCCAAGUUGGCUUUCUCUCUUAGCUUUUUGGAAACACGUAUGUGCGCUUUUAAGAAAUCUCCCUUUAAUUAUGAUAGCUAAGUGGAUUCUUCCCUUGUCAAAAGCAUGUUUAGAUUCUUGCAUGGAUUGAACUUUACUCUUCAUUGGAGAUUUUUAAAUUGGCGUUUUAAUAUUAAUAUAAUAAUAUUUGGGAUCAAAAGUUUGUGGAAUAUUAGUAGUCUGUAAGGGACAAGUACAAGCUUUGGUUAAAAUAUAUGAUUUUGAGAAGAACUGAUGGCUAUUUCAAAAUUUUACAGGUUUUUGAGUGUCUUAUGGAAAUUCUUUGAAAAUUCUCCUAUGUAAGAAAGUUUUGAAUAUUAUUACUGUCAUAAUAGCAUUAGUGUGAAAUAACACUGACAAUGCAAAAUGUGUUCUAAAA